UCCACAAUAAUCAUGCAUGUAACUCUGACGCCAUAUAUUUUAAAAAACCGAUAGUUGCCAGUGCUGUAUGGUACGAAAAUUGAGGCUUAAAUAAAAAAAUUCCCUUUUCACACACACACACACAUAAUACAGAAUACAAAGAUAGACACGUCGCUUUUCUCUCUUUUAUUUUUAUUUUCUUUUUCUUUUCCCCUUUAUUACAAUACUGUUUACUACUUUCAAAGGUAAUAAUAUGGGCCAAAUACUCUCUGCGCCCAUUACAACAAAGCAUUCCACAGAAGGAAAGGAUGAGCGUUUAAUGUAUGGAGCUUCCUCUAUGCAAGGUUGGAGAAUAUGUAAGAAUAAGAUAAAUUCUUGUUAUACGUAUUUUGUAUAUUUAAUUCUCCUAUUAAUGUAGCCAUGGAAGAUGCACAUACCCAUAUUUUACAGUACAAGGAGACCGGUGCUGCAUUCUUUGCUGUUUUUGAUGGACACGGAGGUGCCAAUGUGGCCAAAUACAGCAGUGAGAAACUCUUUGAAAAUGUGCUGGAUUCUGAUGAUUUUAAAGAGGGACAAAUUGAAAAUGCGCUCCGAAAGGGUUUCUUCAAAAUUGAUUCGGAUCUUCGUGAAGGUGAUGAUAAAAGAAAGAAAACAAGGACAUUAAAGUGCGCCUGUAUUAAUUUAAGAAUCAUAGACCCGUUUUUUAAGAAUGAAACGUCAGGAUGUACCGCCAUUGUUGCAUUAUUGACAAAGGAUAACGAAUUAUACGUGAGUAAUGCAGGUGACUCUCGUGCCAUCAUUUGUACUCAGGGUCUGGCCAUUGCCCUAUCUGAAGAUCACAAACCUGGCAACCCUAAAGAAACAGAACGUAUCACAAACGCCGGUGGUCACGUAGAAUUUGGACGUGUCAAUGGCAAUCUCGCAUUGUCAAGAGCAUUAGGUGAUUUUGAGUUCAAAGGAGCCAAGCACCUCCCAGCCGAAGAACAAGCUGUCACAGCCGACCCUGAUAUCACUGUUCACAAAUUGACUCCCAAAGACGAAUUCAUGGUGUUAGCUUGUGAUGGAAUUUGGGACUGCUUAAGCAAUCAACAAGUAGCCACAUUUGUUCGAAAGCAUGUGACAGAAGGUGUUCCAUUAAAGGAGAUUUGUGAACGAUUGAUGGAUAGUUGUUUAGCCAAAGAAACAGGUUCAGGUGGUAUUGGAUGUGAUAAUAUGACGGUGGAGAUUGUUGCUUUUUUGAAUGGGCAAUCAUCCGAGAGUUGGUAUGAAAAAAUUAAGUCCACCGAGCCUGUCCCCAAGGCCAAUGUCCCGUUACCCAGUAACCCUAGUAGUCAGGGGGAUGAACCCACAAAUAAAAAACAACGAGGUAUGCAAUCUGAAUCCAGGCAAUAUUCGGUUAAUGAAUUGCAAAAUGCGCCUGAUCUCACAGCUUCUUUAGUAGAUGAAGAACCCAAAGGUGAAGUAAAAGGAGGAGGUGCUUAAAUACCUGUUGUACCAU